CGUGCUACCGUAUCCAAUAUCUAAAAUCCUCCAAAUUUUGUUACUAAUUUUUUUGUUUAUUUACAAACAUUUUGCUCUAAGAAUCGAAAUUUGAAUAAGCAAAAGGUAUUUUGUUGGAUACGCCUAGGUUAUUUGUACAAUAAUUUUGGGCUAAUGUGUCCAAACGAUUAACCCAAAGCGAAAAAUUUUAACACACACGUGAGGUCAACCAAUUAAACGUAAGUUUAAAAUAAAGAUUUAAAAUUUUCAGAUAUAAAUUUAUGAAUAAAUAUUUUUUUUUGUAUCAUGAUUGAAGUUUUUUAUUGCAGCGGUCGCCUUCGGUAGGCAAUGGCAAACCACAGAUAUUACUAGCAGGAAAGAUAAGCAUAAACAAAAUUUGCCGUUAGGAAUCCCACCACAAACUGGAGGAAAAGCUCGACAAACACGAGGGCCAAAUAUUCUUUUUUUAUUGAACCAUAAUUUUUCAUGUGUAAUUUUAAGUCAUACAAAAGGCUAUUUUUUUCUAUGACAAAAUAAUUUAUUGUACGCAAAUUCAAUUCCUUUGAAAAAAAAACUAGCGCCAACAAUGCGUGUCGUCUGGUUUUGCUUUAAGCUGAUUGAGGGCUGUUUAGGCUGCCUCUGCAUGGGAACACAAAUCGAAGGAUUUCUAAAUGUGGCAGUCUCGCAGGAUUUAUAUCUUUACAUUACCCUCUUUUCGGUAUCCACAUGCAUCAGUUUUUUUGGUUGCUUAAAUCUUUGCAUGGAAAACGAUCCAUCGUUUAUACGGGAAGUGAUUUGGAACGGCUUCGCUUGCUUUGGCUACAUUCUUGCAUCAAUACUAACCAUGUAUCACGCCGAAAAGGAUUUAUAUUUAAUUUACUUGUCCGACCUAGAGAUAAUCGAGGAUGACUCUACGCACCCGCUUUUUAAUUACUCCAAGUUUCAAGCCAUAUCUGCCAUUGUCACCGGAGUUGUUCAUUUGUUGCAUUCGGUGCUCGCCGCUGACAUAUUAUUUACAGAUAUCGCUGUCGCUAAAGCAGAGGAAAACGGUAUUGAAGGGAAGAAUCGAUUUACUCUGUACUUCGGAGGUUUGUGGAUUCAUACACGCCUAAUGAAAUGGAAAUGGUUUCGACGAUUUGAGAGCAAAAUGCUUACAUCAGACAUUGAAUGAUUAGGUUAAAAUGAAUAAUGCGUCUAU